AUGGCUGCUCCGUCUGCCUUACUGAAGACCUGGGUCCUGCUGCAUGCCCUGUGCCUGGCUCUGGCCCAAGUGAGAGGUCCACAAGGACCCCAGGGCCAGCCCGGUCCUCCAGGCCCCUCUGGCACUCCUGGGUCAGACGGCAUCGAUGGUGAAAAAGGACCUCCUGGGCCUCCAGGGCCUCCUGGACAGAAAGGGGAGCCUGGAGAACCCGGUGUGGAUGGAUCACCAGGAGAGAAUGGCAUUGCUGGUAUAGCUGGAGCCAAGGGGGAUCGUGGGCCUGUGGGAAGUCCAGGCCCUAAGGGUCAACCUGGGCCGACUGGAGAGCCUGGUGCUCCUGGACUGGGCCUUCCUGGUCUAUCAGGUGCUCCUGGGCCAAUCGGUCUUCCUGGUGAGAUUGGACCAGUUGGACCUAAGGGUCUGAUGGGUCCUCCUGGUGCUCCUGGCCUUCCUGGUCCUUCUGGAAAACCAGGUCCACCUGGGAAGUUCAUUGGUGGAGAAGAGGGGAGCGCAGAUUUCCAGUGUCCUCUUAACUGUCCAGCAGGACCGAAAGGACCACAAGGACUUCAAGGUGUCAAGGGUCACAAGGGCAGAGCUGGUAUUCUUGGAGACUCAGGAAGCAUUGGCAAAACGGGCAUCAAAGGAGAGAAUGGAAUUUCAGGAGAGCAGGGCAUCCCUGGACCUCCUGGACCCCCUGGUCUCAUAGGUUAUCCUGGAAUGAUGGGUCCGAAAGGUGAAGCGGGGCCUCGUGGAUACAAGGGCAUCACAGGACCAGUUGGCAUUCCUGGACCUCCAGGUGAGGAGGGCCCCAAAGGACCACCUGGUGAGCCAGGAGAUAAAGGAGACAAAGGUGACCGCGGUAUCCAGGGGCCACAGGGUGUAGUGGGCAAAAAAGGCGAGAAUGGUCUGCCGGGAAUUGAUGGAAAGGAUGGCACACCUGGUAUCCCCGGAAUCAAGGGAGCUCCGGGUCAGGCUGGCAGACCCGGCCCACCCGGUCCUCAGGGAGCUGCUGGUUUACCUGGAAGUCCUGGUACAAAGGGUGGACCUGGUGACAAGGGAGCAACUGGACCAAGAGGGCAUGUUGGCAUGGCUGGGGCUCCUGGACCUUUGGGUGAGCCUGGGCUUCCCGGAGAAGCUGGCAUGGAGGGAGUUCCUGGGCCAAAGGGAGAUCGAGGCCAGAGAGGAGCUGUGGGGGCCCCUGGACCUGUUGGCAAACCUGGAAGUAAAGGGGAGCGAGGGCCCAUUGGUGUACCAGGAGCUCAGGGCCUCGGUGGAACAAAAGGAGACAAGGGUUUCCAAGGAAAGGCUGGGUCAAAGGGAGAUGUGGGUGACCCAGGUGUCGAAGGACUAGCUGGUGAGAAAGGUGAAAAGGGCAUGUCUGGUGAACCUGGACCCAAAGGACAGCAAGGGAUACGGGGUGAUACAGGGCUCAACGGUCCAACUGGUGACCCAGGUAAACCGGGAGAUCAAGGUCCACCAGGGCUGUCUGGUCCUCGAGGGCUGAACGGGGAGCGAGGAGUGCCAGGAAUGCCUGGUAUCCCUGGAUCAGCGGGACGCGACGCAUCUGACCAGCAUAUCAUCGAGGUGGUGCUGAAGAUGCUGCAAGAGAGGCUAGCAGCAGUAGCAGCCCUCCUGGAUCGCCUGGUGGUCAGGGCCCUCAUGGAUUGCCCGGACCUCGUGGUAUUCCUGGAAUCAUUGGUGCUCCGGGACAAAUUGGGAACACAGGACUUAAAGGAAAAAGGGGAGCAAAGGGUGAGCGAGGAGAUCCAGGUAAACCCCAUCCAGGACCCCCAGGACCCCCUGGGUUACAAGGUCCUCCUGGUAUUGAUGGAGUUGCUCGGGAUGGUCGGCCUGGGGAAAGGGGACCUCAAGGAGCAGCUGGAGAGGCUGGUAGGCCUGGUAGAGCCGGUGCACAAGGUCUACCUGGAGUCUCAAGGUGCUCUCUAUGCCACUGUUGACUUUCACAAGCGGUCAGUGAACCAAUGA